ACUUAGUACUCCGUUAGAAAAGAAAAAUAAAGUAAGAAAACUCAUAACAGUUUUUUCUCUUGUAUUGGGAGUGAAUCGAUUGUAUUGUUUAGAAUCUAGUACUUAAUUAAAGUGCAACUCCAACGACCUACAUAUCUUUUUUAUAUACCUACAGAUUUUAUUUGAUUAGGAUGAGGUCAUUCUACCUGAAUUCUAGAUUUAUCAUGUUAUAGGUACUUUUUUAGCACAGACAUUUUUUUAAAUAUGUUGCUACGUUGAAACUAGCUCGAACCUUAUUCAUAAUUGAAUUAGUUUUUCUAGUGCCUGUGUUUAUUGAUCAUAUAACAAGAUAAAACUGGUGUAUGCCCAGCUUUAUAUUGUAUUGAAUUGUGUUCCUAAAUCUUAGGACUAUGGAAGACAUACAUUUAAGGACGAAGCCUUUAGAGAUGGCGGAUACUUUGGAUCCACUCGCGCCGAGUGUGAAUGACACCUCAACAGCUGGACUGAUGCAUAAGAUAAGACUUAGAUUUAGCAGAUCUUCGCCCCCAAGAGCGCCUGGAGAUGGUUAUGUGGAAUUUGGGGAGUUCAGAUCGGAAAGGCCGGGCAUCAAGAAGGUGGGCACCUUCGCCGGCGUCUUCUGCCCCGUGGUGCUGUCUAUGUUCAGUGCGCUUGUUUUUAUACGAAUGGGUUACCUAGUGGGAAACGCAGGACUUUUAGUGACUCUAGGUCAAUUCGGAUUGGCGUACUUAAUAGUGGGAUUCACCGUCAUGUCGAUAUGCGCCAUAUCGACCAACGGGGCCGUUGAAGGGGGAGGGGUUUACUUCAUGAUAAGCAGAACACUAGGUCCUGAGUUCGGGGGAGCUAUAGGAACAUUGUUCUUCUUUGCCAACGUAGUUUCCAGUGCUCUAUGCAUAUCUGCCUGUACAGAAGCUUUGGUUGACAAUUUUGGACCUAAUGGAUACCUAGUUGGUGACAGUCCAGGGCUGCCAAACGGGGACUGGUACAGAUUCCUAUACCGCUCCACACUAAACGCGGCAGGCUUAAGUGUUUCUCUAGCGGGCGCGUCUCUGUUCGCGCGCACCAGCCUGGCUAUAUGGGUGACGACGGUCGUGUGUCUGUUCAGCGCCUUCCUCAGCUUCUUUAUCACCGCGCCUGGACAGAUAGACAAACCGGAUACAAAUACGCUAGUUAACGCGACAAACUUCUCCUACACGGGGCUUAGUUCAGCAACCUUGAAACAGAAUCUGUACUCGGAAUAUGCUCGAGACUAUACCACUGCUAGUGGGGAGCUGGUGGACUUUGCUUCCGUGUUUGGGGUGCUUUUUACUGGAGUCACUGGUGUCAUGGCCGGGGCUAAUAUGAGUGGUGAACUAAAGAGUCCGUCUAAAAGUAUUCCUCUGGGAACAUUAGCAGCUCUACUAUUCACCGCGUUAUCGUACACAGCAUUGGUAGUUUUGACCGCGGCCACGUGUUCCCGGGAACUGUUGCAGAACAACUAUGUGUAUUUACUGCCUAUUAAUGUAUGGCCACCAUUCAUAGCUGUGGGAAUGCUGACAGCAACGUUUUCUGCUGGACUGUCAAACUUGAUUGGUGCAUCGAGAGUAUUGGAAGCUUUAGCGAAAGAUAAUAUUUUUGGUUUUCUACUCCGUCCGAUGGUGUCAAGGUCAGGCAAUCCGGUGCUAGCUGUGAUAGCGUCUUGGCUGCUGGUGCAAGUCGGUAUCAUGGCUGGAUCACUUAAUGCUAUUGCACAGGUGAACUCGGUGCUAUUUAUGACAAGUUACUUUGCGAUAAAUUUGGCAUGCCUUGGGUUGGAUCUCGCUUCCGCUCCUAAUUUUAGACCUACGUUCAAACACUUCUCGUGGCUGACUUCACUGCUGGGAUUAGUGGGCUGUGCGGCGUUAAUAUUCGCGUUGCGGCCCGCAUACGCAUGCGCGGUGGCUCUGGCUUGCUGCUCCUUAGUCAUUGCUCUGCAUCUGCUCUCGCCGGCUGCGAGCGAGCCGAAAUGGGGGAGUCUGAGCCAGGCACUCAUCUUCCACCAGGUUCGAAAAUACCUUCUCCUAUUGGACCCUCGUCGGGAGCACGUAAAGUUCUGGCGACCUCAGAUGCUGUUACUCAUAGGAUCCCCAAGACAAGCUGCACCCUUGAUAGACUUCGUCAACGAUCAAAAGAAGGGUGGUCUCUUUGUGAUUGGCCACGUAAGAGUUGGCCAAUUGGAUGGCAGUGGUGACCCAUUGGCAGAUGAACACAAAUAUUGGCUCAAGUUAAUCGACCAUCUUAAGGUAAAAGCCUUUGUGGAACUAUGCCUAGCCGAGUCAAUACGCAACGGAGCAGCCCACCUCACUCGGCUGUCUGGUUUAGGAGCUAUGAAACCUGACACAGUUUUACUCGGCUUCAGGGACACUGCACCUCCUAAGGAUUUCUUUAGGGAUCCAACCUCCCCUUACAAGACAAGUGACUUCGACCUAGAAAACGGCACAGUUAUCUUCCCUGCGCGAACCCCGACCUCCCCGCGGCUGUCUGCAUCGGAAUACGUGCGCAUCGUGGCCGACGUGCUCUGCGUGAACAAGAACGUGUGUCUGUGCAGACACUUCCACAGCCUCGACAUGGCCGCUGUUGAGAGGAAGGUAGCCUCCCUGAAAUACAUCGACGUGUGGCUCGUGGAGGUGCUAGCACCGUCGCGGGAAGAAGCGUUCACGGUGCGGGCUCUGUUCGCGCUGCAGCUCGCGGCCGUGGUGCGCUCGGCGCGCGGCUGGCAACACUUGCGGCUGCGCGUGCACGUGGCCACAUCCGCGCCCACAGCCGUGCUCAGCGAAUCUGGGCGCACCUACUCCAUAGGAGCUGACUCCGCCAUGAUGGAUCCCAACUUGCCCGAGCUGUCUCCAGGUCGGCCGGUCAACGAGAGGCUGGACGAACUGCUCAAACUGCUCAGGAUUAGUGCCACUACACAUAGCGUGACGGAAUGGCCAACGUUGGAAGACGCGAGCCGUUGGUCAGACUCAAGUGUGGACGAGAACAGCGUGUACCAACGGGUGCCUCUUAGUUAUCUACAAAAGGUGAACCACAUAAUCAAGUCCCGUUGUGAGCAAGGCACGGCGGUAACGUUUGUCCAGUUGCCACAGCCUCCCAAGCUGCCCGCAAACCCGUCCGCAGCUGAUGACGCGAUCUGUGAACAGUAUUUAAAGGUGUUAGACGAAUUCACUAAGGAUCUUUCUCCGACUAUUCUCGUUCGAGGCUUGAAGUCUGUGACGUCGACGGCGCUAUAAAAAUAAUAUUAACUGGUGCUAAUUCUAUUGUACACAAUCUCUCAAUUGAAAAAUAUGGCACUAUAUUUGACCUUACAAUUAAGUUUAUUUUAAAUACUGUGUAUAACGAAAUUAACACCAUUACAAUAUUAGAUUUUAGAUUAUUUUUAUAUUUUUAUAGGAUUUUAUCUUUUAAAACUUUUUAGGUAAGUAAAUAAUUUAUUUUUCAAGAUUUAAUUUUUUUUUACUGCAUAUCAUAAUUACCUAAAAAUCUUACUACUACACUAUUUUGUUUCUUUUAUUUCUAUCUUUUCUAUUUUAACGCUUUAUUUAAACUCUUUUCUUUAUUUCAUAUUUUCAUUUUAAAUAUCUUGAUAAAUCUGAAGUAUUAUUUUGAUAUUAAUUUAUUAUUAUACCAAACAAGAUUUUAUUGAUUAAAAUAAAAAAUAAUUAAGUGUAGGUCUCACAAUAUCAUAAAAUCGAUAAACAUUGAUUUUACGAUAUUAAUUUAGUAAAUUAUCUAGAAAUCAAUUACUCAAAUUGUCAUUGUCAAUUGAUAAAAUUUAAUUAAAAUACGAUUUUAUAAAUAUUUUAUAACUAAAAUUUUUGUAUUAACUUAAAUCAAAUUGAAGAUCUCCUUUAUUAAAAAGUAAAUAAAAAGUAAUAUAAUAUGAAGAGUAUCAUAAGACAAUAUAAGCUUAGUAAUUAUUUCUCCACUUUGGUGCUGAGUUGAUUGUCAAUUUUACUAAAAUAAAAUACUUUAGUGAACGCCUUCAUUUUAGAUAAUAUAAAAAUUUAAUUUAGUCUAUUUUUAGUUUUAGGUACUAUUUAAGUUUUAAUAUUUUUUGUAUUACUUACAUACUUACAUUUACUCUUAUUUGUUUAUUUAAGAUGAAAAAAUACUUAGUUUGGAAAUGCUCGACCCGCUGAUUUAGUUUGUAACAAUAGCAACAAUUCUGUUGUACAAAUCUUUAAACAGAACUAUAUAAACUAAUAUGACUACUCUAAAUAUAUUAGUGCUAUCUUUUUCGCAAAGGUCCUUGCUGAAAAGGAUAGCAUUAGUUUUAGAUCUGUCAAUUUAGUUUAAAGGUUCUGUACAACAGAAUUACCACCGUUAAUAUUAAGGUAACUUUUAAAAACUUGUUAGUAAAGUCAGAUUUAUUUACGUUUAGUGUGAUGUUCAACUUACAUAUUUAGGUUAUUUUAGUUUAAGUAUAACAAUUCUAUUUAUAUUUUACAAUGUGUUAAUUAUAUAAUAAUAUUGUGUAUUGCAAACUAAGUAUGCACCAAAUAUUAUAUCAUUUAUUUAUUAAUAACUAUCAGGUAUAAACAAGAUUUUUAGUUUUUACCAUUACACUAAAUAAUUAUAGUCUUAAUCUUAUUUUAAUUAAAACUGAGUAUUAAAAUUGACGAAAAAUAGAUUAGCUUAUUAGACAAUUGAUUUUACAUGAGAUUGUUAUUUGUAUAUGCCCGAGAUUUCGUAGAUUUCGUCCAUCGACACGGACGGUUUUUAAAAAUCUAUUAAAAUCAAAACAAAUCAUUUAUUUAUAUUCAAAUCAUAUAUUUAUUAUGUUCUUUCCCUGGGAUACAAGCUAUCUCUGUAUCAAAUAUCAUCAAAAUCUGUUAAACAGGCCCUAAAAAACUAGCAGACAGACCGACACACUUUCACAUUUAUAAUAUUAGUAUGGAUGGAUUUUAGCCGUAAGCGUUUCUACAAUUUUGGUGUGUGCAAUUUUUUGUACGAAACUAAUGACUUAAAAUCUUGCUAAUUUUUGUUAAGUUUAGAAGUUUGUAAAUAAGUUAACGAAUUAUAUGUUAAAAUGGAAAAUACAUGACAACAAAAAGUAGGUACUAUUGUAAAAGACUAUUUAGUUAAAAUUGCAAUUGAAAAAAUUAUUUCUUACUAUUCUAUUAGAUUCUUAGAUCUGUAGACUGUAUACCUAUAUAAUAUAAUGUGAGCACUAAAGCGCUAGUCACACAGAAAUUUGUGCCGGGGCCAUGGCGAUUUUUUUUUUUAUAAAGAAUAUUAGCCAUUUUAAUCAUGACUAACAUUUCCCUUUCCCCUCCAACUAAUCGUAAAGCUUGUGCUAGGAGUGGGUACGACAAUAGUGCAACGGCUGGGGUUUGAACUGUCGACCUUUCGGAAUUCAGUCCACUCCUUAAUAACCGUUGAGCUAUUGAGGCUUCAAAUUUUAUAGCUAUUAAAUCCAAAUACUGUUUCUAGCUAAGACGUCACAAUAUGGCGACAAAUGUUUCCUAUUCUUAGUUUUAACGCAUUAUACAAGUUUUAUACAAAUUCAAAGACAACAGACGGACGAACGAAUUUCUGUGUAAGUGAGUGCUUGUAUAAAUUAUUAUUGUCGACGUAGAACGUACAGAUAGGUAACUAACCUAUAUUAUAAUGGACUACUGGGAUCAAUUUAUUAUUAUUAUUUUGUAUAGUAAAAUUAUAUAAUUAAGAUUACUUCUUUGUGAUACGAAAAUAAAUGUGUAUAUUCUUUUAAA